UAACCAAUGGAUCAGAAAAUGUUUCUCAUUGUUACCCUAUUUUUCUUGCCAUUGUUUGCUGAAGCCACACCACGCAUGCCCCCAACAAAACCGAGUUCCAUUAAUACCACCACCACCUUAUCAUCAAACUCAUCUUUUAAUUUUAGGUACAAAAGCUUGAACCUUAACGAUCUUCCUACAGAAAUCGAUUGGGUAAAAGAAAGACUAGUUACCCCAGUAAAGGACCAACUAGGGUGUGGUAGUUGCUGGGCGUUUGCAGCUGUAGCUGCUGUCGAAGGAAUUGCCCAAAGAGCGACUGGCGAAUUGAGAGUAUUGUCGGAGCAACAACUAUUGGACUGCAGUAGAGACUUUGGUACCAAUGGCUGCAGGGGAAGUGGUCACAGAUUGAAGGCCUUUAAUUACAUUAAAGAACAUGGAGUCGCUUAUAGUGACAAGUAUCCAUACAAAGGUACGGACACGCAAGCAUGUGACAACACCACCGUCAGUUAUCCAGCAGCCACAAUAACUGGCUAUGAACGGGUCCCUAAUAAUGAAAUGGAUCUGAUAAGAGCUGUGGCCAAUCAACCAGUCACUGCCUCAGUUUUCACAUGUGACGAAUUUAAUUAUUACACAGGUGGUUAUAUAUUUGAGGACCGAGAGGGGAAAUGUAAUUUUGAUAUAGAUAAGGCGAACCAUGCCAUUACUAUAGUUGGGUACGGGACUGAAAACGGUGUAGAUUAUUGGAAAAUAAAAAAUUCAUGGGGUGAGGAUUGGGGUGACAAGGGUUAUAUGAAAAUGCGAAGGAAUGUUGCGACUAAGCCGGAAGGUAUUUGCGGAAUUGCUAGUGCUCCUAUAUACCCAACCGAUGAUAUUGCUCCGUCCCGGUCAAACCCCGAAGGUCCAAGUAAGAUAGUUGGGGGUCCAGGUCAAACCCCGGAAGGAUAGACGUACUUACAAUUAAGUCAUCAUCUCAUCUCAUGUCCUUCUAUGGAAAGAAAACUAAGAAAUAAAAAGUGAUUACUGAACUUAGCUAUAAC